CCUCCUCAAACCUCUCCUGAAAAGAAGAAGAAGAGAAAAAAGAGGAGGUCCGAGAACCAGGAGGAGCCUCCUCCUCCUCCUCUUCCUCCUCAAAAGAAGAAGAGGAGGUCCGAGAGCCUGGAGCCUGCUCCUCCUUCUAAAAACAAGUCAGAGGUUCAAGAGGAGCAUCUUCCUCUUCCUCAUUCCUGCAGUCAGAAGAAGAAGAAGAAGAAGAAGAAGAGGAGGAGGAGGAGCGCAGAGGAGAGGGAGGAGGAGGAGCGCAGUGUUUCUCCUGCUGCUCCAGACGGAGGAAGGAGUCUGGAAGAGACGGAAGACGGAACCGCCGAGGAGCCGGAGCGGAGCUGGACCCGGACGCUCGCCGGAGAACCGUUCGACCCGGCGGCGGUCCAGGAGCUGGAGGAGUUCGUUCCAGACGUGAGGAGGAAAUCCGCCGAUCAGAUCCGCAAACUGCUUCGUUACGAUCUCCAUCGCUUCAAGGUCUUCAAACAACAAGGUGUUCCUCUGAGGAAAGGCCGCUGCAACCGGGAGGAGAACGAGCAGAUCGUGUCCAACAUCAGCGACUUCCUGUCCCUGACCGGAAUCCCGUCGGCCGAGCAGCUGCUGUUCCCCAGCCGGUUCCGAGGCCAGGAGGCGGAGAUCCGGAAGCUGAAGGCACAACACCGCUUCCUGGAGAGGAUCGCUGAAGGAAUCCCUCGGACCUGUGAGCAGGUCUACACCCGAGCCAGGAGGCUGUACGACGACCGGAACCACCUGGGCAGGUUCUCGGAGACGGAGAUCCGGUCCCUGAAGAAGCUGCAGAAGCUCCACGGUAACGACUGGAAGACCAUCGCCCAGAAGAUGGACCGCAGCGUGGCGGCGCUGCAGAAACGCUUCGACAGCUUCAGUUCCGGUCACGGUUUCUGGGAACCGGACGAAGAGUCCAGGUUGAAGGAGGCUGUGAGGGCUCACCUGGAGAGCCUGGCUGAGCAGAACCCUGGUUCUGGUCUGAGUCGGAACCAGCUGUGGGAGAACCUUCCCUGGAAGCAGAUCAGCCAGCAGGUCCAGACCCGGGCCUGGUCUCAGUGCCGCCUCAAGUGGUUCUCCGUCCUGAAGUCCCGCCUGUCCCCGGGCCGCCAAGUCUUCGACCGGGGGAGCCACGGGUUGAACACCAAGAUCCGCCUCAUCAACAUUCUGUACCAGAUGAGCGUGGACGACCUGGCCGACGUGGACUGGAGCGAGGUGGCCGAACGCGUCGGGAACGUGACUGUUAAUUGUGUUCAGAAGACUUUUCACAGAAUGAAGGUCCUCAGAGUUCCCCACUGGAGCCGCCUGACGUUUGGAGAGACGGUGGACUUCCUGCAGCACAGCGUCGUCCCGGACCUGCAGGACAAACUCAACCACAGUCGCAAGAAGGAGGCGGGGCUUCACAAAGAGGAGGCGGAGCCUCAGGACGAGUACCAGCUGUCCGACAUCUUCUGCUCAGUGGACGAGGUGGACAACACCUGACAGCCAAUCAGAAGAGACUCUACAGGCUCCUCACUGUGCUCCGACGACUUUCUGAUGAAAACAUGUCCGACUGUUGUUUUUUAAACUUUAUUUGAUGUAAAUGAUGU